AUUUUUGUCAAGUGAUCUAAGGUGAAGUGGUUUAUAAUAAAUUUUCUUAGUCUAUUUUUCUCAUAUUUUGCAUAUAGCGAGAGUUUUAAUUAUCGAGUAUUACGUGAUAAUUCAUUUGGAGCCACAAAUUAGAUUCUUAACACUAACUCCAAUGUUAUCCUUGCCAAUUUCAAGAUUUUGUUCAUACUUUUUUAAAAAAAAAAACUACUUCUAUACAAAAAUGUUGUAGCUCAUACAAAAAUUAUUCCAAAGAUGAAUUCAGCUAUUACAAUAUCAGCAUCAGUGUUGAACAACCAAAUCUUGAAUUUUGUUGCACCACAGAAAAUUGGGUUCUUGAAAUCUUCUCAAUUGAUCAGUGGAAAAAGAUGGAAACUUUGUGUUUUUGCAAGUUCAAAUGAGUUGGAUAAACAGGUAGUUGAAAACCCAAAAAAGGAAAUUCAAGAAAAGAGUAAUGGUGGUGGUGAGGAGGAAAAUUUUAGUUCUAGUGGUGGUCCUAAUGUUGUUCUUGAUAAUAAAGAACUAAAAAAGGCUGUUUUAAAGACUGCUUCAACAUUUGCACCAAGGGCUUCCACUGCUACGAAAAAUCCUGCGAAACCUGGAACUGUUUUAUACACUGUUUUUGAAGUGCAAGGCUAUGCGUCAAUGUUGAUAGGUGGAGCUCUCUCCUUCAAUCUCAUAUUUCCCUCAAAUGAACCGGACAUCUGGAGACUAAUGGGAAUGUGGUCCAUAUGGAUGUUUACUAUUCCUUCCCUUCGGGCUCGUGACUGCUCGAAGGAUGAGAAAGAAGCUCUCAAUUACCUUUUUCUCCUCAUCCCCUUGCUUAAUGUUAUGAUCCCGUUCUUCUUGAAGUCGUUUGCUGUCGUUUGGUCAGCGGAUACUGUAGCAUUUCUGGGGAUGUAUGCUUGGAAGCUCGGGUGGCUACAGAAAGAGCAAUGACAAAAGAAGUGAAAGGAUCGGUGGUCCUCUUGUAGCUUCAAUUAAGUAGCUCGUUCAGCUGAUAUAACUCUGCGAUGGCUGCUUAUGUUUCAUGUCAAGUCUGCUAUAUCAUGAUCCGUUUGAAAAAUCAAAUAUCUACAAGCACAGUAAGAAUAUCUCGGAUCAAGUUGCCUUGCUUUUCAACUAGUUGGAAUUACGAAUUUGGUGGCAAAUGGUAUGGGUAUUCAUUUCCUUCGGGUUAGAGGUCACACCUUUAAUUUCAUAUGCUCUGUGUAUGUUGUUACCCUUUUCUCGAUCCUUCUUUGUACGGACGAUAAAUUACCAUUAAAAAGUACAUGCAAUAGAUUGUGCAGAUGAAUUUUGAAACAUUGAAAUGAACCGUUUCAGCUUGAAGUACACAUAAUAAGAUACAAUUUGGUUGAUUAA